GAAGAACCACCGCAAGAACCACCAAUACUUUUGAAGACCCUGCUUAUGUUAUCCCUUUGUAAUACAACAACCAUCGGGAACCAACCGACACCAGUUGAAACUGAAGAGCAUAUACAAUUUGUAAACACAGUGAUAUUAGCAGUACUCAUAGGACUUGCUAUCAUAGCAAUAUUUACAGCAUACCUUUGUUAUUAUAGAAGAAGAAUCAGGAGAGCAACCGGAGGAGCAUUCUUAGGAGACAUAGAAGAAUCCCGAAGAAUACAUAGUAGAGCAAGAAGAGCGUUUGGGUUUUAUUAA